GAAUGUCAUUGAGAAGCAGAGUAAUUGACUUGUACAAAAACUUGUACCAUAUGGGGAAGGAAUACCCUGGUGGAUCGAAAUGGUUCCACGAUCGGCUCAAAUUGGCGUUUUCUAAAAAUAAAGAGGUUCAAGAUUCAAAACAAGUGGAGCAACUCAUUGCUCGAGGAGAGUUUGUUGUUAAAGAAAUUGAAGCACUUUACUCGCUCAGAAAGUAUCGUGCGAUGAAACAAAGAUACUACGACAAAGACGAAGAAGUUUCCAUUGCCACCCAAAAGUUCGAGGAUUCUGUCAAAAAACUGUGAAUAGAUUUUAAAUUAUCGUUGUAUUCAUAUUAAAGAAACAUGUACCCCACGAGUAUCAUUUAGUGAAAUAAAAAUAUUAUUAUG